UGACAGCUGAUGAGCUAUGGAAAGGAGCUUUGGCAGAGACUGGUGCGGGAGUAAAGAAAGGAAGAGGAAAGAGAAGGAAGAAAAAGCUAAGGAAGAACCUCAAUAAAGGCCAGGAGAUUGGGGAAGGACGUUCUGGUUUCCUCUGGCCUGGCCUUAAUGCUCCUGUCAUACAAAGUGGGAAAGUCCAGGCAGUUACCCAACGAAAAAAAGAAGAACGAGAGAGAAUUCAGUCUGACAUUGUUCAGCAGAGAGAUACAUGGGAAAAGAGAAGAAAAACAAAGGUUAAGAGAGAGGGAGGAUGGAGCGGAAAGUGUUGGGGAGGUGUCCUUCUGGAUCCUCCUGACCCAGGUCCUCAUGGAGAAACUUACGAAAAUUUUGAAACAAGAGUCAUUGAG